CCCUCCCCACCAAUCAUGCACCGCCUCCUCCUUCUAUAUAAUCACACCACCGCCCCCGCGGGCACACCAUCUCCACAUUCAUCCCUCAACAAUCUGUCCGACUCCGGCCAUCUCUCCGGCAACCACCGUAUCCGCGCGUCCACCCUUCGUAGCGACGAGAAGAUGAGUUCUGCCGGCAGCGGGAGGGGCAAGGGCAAGGCGGUGUCCAAGACCGUCUCGCGGUCUUCCAAGGCCGGCCUCCAGUUCCCCGUCGGCCGCAUCGCCAGGUACCUCAAGAUCGGCAAGUACGCCCAGCGCGUCGGUGCCGGCGCCCCUGUCUACCUCUCCGCCGUCCUCGAGUACCUCGCCGCUGAGGUCCUGGAGCUCGCCGGCAAUGCUGCGCGCGACAACAAGAAGACCCGGAUCGUGCCGCGCCACAUCCAGCUGGCGGUCCGCAACGAUGAGGAGCUGAGCCGGCUUCUGGGCGCGGUCACCAUCGCCGCCGGUGGUGUGCUGCCCAACAUCCACACCACGCUGCUCCCCAAGAAGGUCGGCAAGGGCAAGGGCGACAUCGGCUCCGCGUCCCAGGAGUUCUAGAACCUCGCAGAUCAAACUAGAACUAAUCUAACAACGUUCUGGGUCAAUCUGGUUCUUGUUAUUAUUCAUCGUGAUAUGUCAACGUGAAAACAUCUUAUUGAUGUCUAUGAUGCGGAAUGAAUGGUGAAAACAUGUUUUUACA